AUGGUGAUUAACAAAUGGGCUGUAAUAAUUUGUGUGAUAGCUUUCUCUGCUAGUGAUUUUGUGGUGUUUGCUGCCGAGGAGAAAUCUGUAGCAGCUGAUACUUUACAACAAACAACAGAACGUUCUGAGGAAUCUGGUUCGGAGGAAGGAAGGGAGCUGGUGCAACUGCAAAUUCUCUUCCGCCAUGGAAUGAGAGCACCUGAUCAAACAUUCCCUGGGGACUUAAAUCCAAUAGACGUAUGGAGAGAAGGAGUUGGUCGCUUAACACAACACGGCAAGUAUCAAAUGUAUUGUUUGGGGAGGCAUUUGAGAUGGCUCUACCGCAAUUUUAUCACUGCUAGCCCAGUUGAAGUGGAAGUGUUGAGUUCGAAACGCAACCGGUGUUUGCUGAGUGCGUUGUGUCUCGCUUCCGCCAUGUAUGAGCCGACAGAAGAAUGGGAAUUUUUACCCAAUUUUCGCUGGCAGCCCAUCCCGGUGCAGUUCAUAGCCCACGGAAAAGAUCCGUACUUAGGUAAAGUUUUUGACUGCCCAGCAGCGCAGAGAGAAGUUGAAAAAAUGCACGAGUCCCCGGAAGGAAAGAAGUUUUUGAAUGAAAAUAAGGAAUUGUUUGAAUACUGGGCUAUGCAUAGUGGAUUGAAAGUAAGGAGUUGGAAGGAUGCGGCAACACUUUUUGAUGCACUAAAUAUGGAGAAAACUUACAACUUCCUUAUUCCCGACUGGGCGGAAAAGCAUUGGGAGGAGCUUCGCUAUGUAAAUGAUAUGUCUUAUUAUCUCUCUGGAAGAACGAAAAAAUACCAGACUCUUCGAGCAGGUCCUUUGCUUGGCAUGAUAAGAGAUAAGUUUGAAAACACAGUUAAUGGAACUUUGCUGAAAAAAGUUUCUUUGUACUCAGGACACAGCAAAAAUAUGGUAGCAGUGUUAAGCGCUCUGGAUGUUUUCAACAUGAAAGAGCCCCCUUUUGCCGCAACAGUCAUUUUCGAACUGUAUAGAGAACCUGGCGGUCACAGUCACAGUGUUCGCCUCUUAUUUCUCAACUCCACCACCCCCGAAGCGGAGGAUCAAACGCCGAACGUUCUAAACAUGCCCAUGUGCGGAGAAUUCUGUCCGUUCGAAUUGUUCAGCACUGUCGUGAAAAGCUUCACUCCAGAGAACUGGGAAAAGCAGUGCAGAUGA